AUGUCUAUUGCUGCUCCCUCAAUCCGUCGACUGCCUCGUUUGGCUUCAUUUCCGAAUCGUUCCUUCCACCUUGCCACCAUUUUAGAGGAUUUUGAGCCCUGUGACUUUCCUAGUCUUAAUCUUGGCACUGAAUCGCUCGCUGGUACUCCAAAAGAUGCAUCUGGAUGGACACUGGCUCCUGUUUCGAGGACGAGAUCCUCGUCAAUCUUGACCAAUGAUGGUCGUAAACUAAAGCGAGCGUCAGUGAAUGCGAGGCAGGCCAGUAUAGAUAGAGACUGCAUGAUAUGCUUUCACCUAGCUCAGCGCCCAUCCAGAACGAAAUGUUGCGGAAAACUGUUUUGCGAAGCCCAUAUACAUGAUUGGCUUGCAGGUUCAUCAAAUCAAUGCCCGUCAUGCUCAGCAUAUUGUCAUCCCGAGACUAUAAUUUCACUGGCGUCUCCUGCAUCUCCCACCGCUCUGACAUCCCAAAUGAACACUGCCAAUACGCGUCCUCAAAAAUAUCCCAUAGACGGGAGGAAGAUUGUCAAAGGGGAAAGUUAUCGAUCCAGAUUCCAUUCUCCUUCACCCUCAUCAUCGUCUUCAAAUUCCUCCGUCGACCCAAAUACGGAUCCAGACGACGAGGAUAAUUCUGUACAAGCUCAAACGGCGCCCCAUGUAGAAUCCUUCCGAAGUUACGUCCUGAAACUCAUACGGAAUUUCUUGGACGAUUCUUCGCUGGGAACGCCCGAAGUUCUCCCUUCUGACAACCACCAGAACGAAUACAAAUCUUCUUCAUCGACCUCAGUCUAUACGUCUUCGCAGUUGGAUACUCAGAUGUUUUUAACCCCGUCGUAUCGGUCCACAGGCUCUGGAGUGGUAGACAAUCAUGAGAUGACAACGGUUGCGCUUGUUGGAAAGGUCGUUGGGAAGGUGCUGAGUAUUGUGGCUUUGAUGCUAGUAUUCUGGAUUUUGGCUUCAUGA